AUGAAUAUCCUGGCUGAUGUUCUCAAGAGGAUCAACAAUGCUGAAGAGAGGAAAAAAAAAAAGAUUCUUAUUAGGCGGUGCUCCAAAGACAUUCUCCGGUUUCUAAUUGUGAUGAUGAAGCAUGGUUACAUUGGUAAAUUUGACAUCACUGAUGAUCAUAGAGCUGGGGAAAUUGUUGUGAACCUCACAGGCAGGUUAAACAAGUGUGGAAUGAUCAGCCCCAGAUUUGAUGUACUCAAAGUUCUAGAAAAACGGCAGAAUAAUCUGCUUCCAUCCCGUCAAUUUGGUUUCAUUGUACUGACUUCAGCCGGCACCAUGGACCACGAAGCAUCAAGACAAUAAUACACAAGAGGGAAAA